CGUCAGUUUUGACAGUUAUGUUGCGCUGGCAAACGUCCACGUCCUGUUUCGGUCAGCGUUUGGAAUUUUUGCUGCCCUAGUUCGAAACAUAUUUCCCAUUAAUUCCGUGAUUGAAGCUGUUCUCUGAAACGAUCAUGACAAUUUAGGUUAGAUCCGUUCCGUCGGUUCCGUUAGUGUUGUGGUGUGCGAAGUAGUGAAACGAAACAAUUCACGGAAAACGUUUUUCAAGAACACUGAAAAUGGCUGCAAGCCACUUGGUCACUUUUGUGCUGAUUGCGGCAGGAAUUCUCCGUUGUUCUUCGGCACAUGGCUGGGGAGCGGACGAUAUGGAAGUGUUUGAUCUGGUCGAAGAGGUCAACGAGAACUUUUACACCAUGAUGCAGAUCAAUCAGAAUGCAACUAAUCAAGAGAUAAAACGUGCAUUCCGAACACUUUCGGUGGUGCUUCAUCCGGACAAGAACGACGCCGAAGAUGCCAAUAUUAAGUUUCGAAAUUUGGUGUCCGUUUACGAGGUUUUGAAGGAUCCGGGCAAAAGGGAAAAGUACGAUCGAGUACUGAAGGAUGGACUACCGAACUGGAAGUCGGCACUGUAUUACUAUCGGCGCGUGCGGAAGGUUGGACUGGCGGAAGGUGCCGCUAUCCUGCUGAUCGUGGCAACCGUAAUGCAGUAUUUCAUUGCAUGGGCAGCUUAUGCGGAAAAGAAGUACACUGCUGAACAAAUUUUGGGAAGCAAGUUGAAGAAAUGGCAAAAACGGAACAAAACGAAUGUCGAUAUCGACAUGAUAUUGAAACAAAUUCCGACACCGAGCAUAUGGAAUCUGCUUCCGUUCCAGAUUCCGUUGGGUAUUUGGCGAACGGUAAUCGGAAUGCCCGGAGCGGUAAAAUCGGCCAUGCAUUUCUAUGCUGAACAGAAACGGCUGGAGGAAGAGCGCAAGUUGAAAGAAAAGGAAGAGGAGGAACUCCAGCGAAAACUGGAAGAGGAACGUGCUCGCGAGAAGGAAAAUAAUAAACUCCGUCGACGGAAUAGGAAAUUCGUUGCACCGGAACGAACGGACGAAGAACUGGCCGGAUACAGUCAGAGCAUAAUCAGUCAGAAAGAAAAACAACAGAAAGCGGAAAACGAUGCGAAAAAUCGAGCGGCAGCUGCCGUCAAACCCGCGGCCAGUGGUGGCCUGUGGACCGAGGAUGAUCUUGCCGAGUUGGUACGUCUGGUGAAAAAGUAUCCCGGCGGAACGACCGACCGGUGGGAGAUCAUAGCGGAGAUGAUGGGUCGGUCGGUCACGGAGGUAACCUACAUGGCAGCUAAAAUGAAGGAAAGUGGAUAUAAGGUAGCCGGACAGACCGAGAGUGUGGCGGAGGCAAUUGUUCAGGAGGCUGGCAAACAGAAGGUAAAAACGAAAAAGACUGAACCGGACCUGGAUGAAGCUGAGAUAACGACCAACUGGAGCCAGACCCAGCAGGCGGCUUUGGAGACUGCCAUCCAGAAGUAUCCGAAAAGUGCUUCGGUCGAUCGUUGGCAGAAGAUUGCUAACAGUGUGCCCGGCAAAACGAAGGAGGAGUGUAUGGCACGAUACAAGUAUCUGGUGGAAUUGGUCAAAAAGCAGAAGGAAAAGGAAAAGGAACCGGUAGACGCUCAGGUAGAGGAAUGUUCGGUGGACGAACGUAGUAAUGAAACUGCUGACCUCAAACCUAAGGUAAACAAAAACCGAACAGAGUGUGAACAGGACAUCCUAGUAGGCAACGAUGAAGAUGCUAGCACAACUGACAAUUGCAAGGCGGCAACAGGCGGAAAGGCUAAAAAUAAGCGUCGGGAGCGAAAAAAAGCCAUUGAAUAUUACAGUUACGAGGAUUCCGAUGGCGAGAGUGGUACGGAGGAAAUGUAGUUGAACCCGUGAACUGUUGCUGUUGCUAUCGCGUUUAAGUUAUAAUUGGUAUCGCAUAUGGGUGAUUUCGAAUUAAAUAAUGCACAAAUAA